AUGUUCUAUCAUAACAUCAUGCCCUUCCUCUUCAUCAUAACUCAUUUAGUUUCAUCCCAAUCAGCUCCUCUUGCUCCUGCUCUCUAUGUUUUUGGAGAUUCAUUACUGGAUAAUGGCAAUAACAACAUGUUGCCUACACUAGCUAAGGCUAAUUAUCACCCUUAUAGUAUCAAAUUUUCUGCCCAUGUUCCCUUAGGAAGAUUCAAGGAUGGCAGAACUAUUGCAGAUUUCAUAGCUGAAUUUUUGGGGUUACCAUACCCACCACCAUAUGUACAUCUAUUCGGUUCAAAUUGGAUUAUUCAAUCGGAUACAACAUUAAGCUCCAAUCUAUUUAGAGCGAGUUUAAUCACAGGCUACAAUUAUGCAUCGGCGGCAUGUGGCAUUCUACCGGAGACUGGAUCAUUGUAUGUAAGGAACACUCCACGAGAUUAUAUUAUUCUAGGGAAAUGUAUUUCAAUGGAUGAACAAAUAGAGAUGUUUGAAGGCACAAUAAAGUCCCAAUUGGCACCAAUAUAUAAUGAUCAUGGUCAACUUUACCAAUACUUGUCUAAAUCUAUAUUUCUUAUAAUAACGGGGAAUAAUGAUUAUAUUCAAAACUAUCUUAAUCCUCUUAUUCUUCCAAGCAAACAAUAUGAUCCCGAUCAAUUCGCUCAACUAUUGGUGGACACAUUUUCUCUACAAAUCAAGAGGUUAUAUGAAUUAGGAGCUAGAAAGAUAAUAUUGUCAGAUAUCGGCCCACUUGGUUGUACUCCUUUCUUUACAAGAAGUCUAAGGCGUAUGCUUAACAACAGCGAAAUAUGUGAAUGUGAUGAAAAUGUAAAUUUAAUCGUAUCUAAGUUUAACGACCGCCUUGCUACAAUGCUUCAGAAUUUGACCGCUUCGCUCAUUGACUCACACUUCAUCCUUCAGCGCUCUUAUCACCGCAGCUAUGAUUUGAUUAAGCAUCCGGCUAAGUAUGCAUACGCUAUCUCGGCUAGCCGCCACCUCGGCGAACUGCCGGUAGGGGUGGCAACUGACAUAAAGGUUGGUCCUUAUCAUAGUAAUGGCACUACAAAGGCCCCCAUGAAUGGUUGCGUGGGUGUUACUUCCGUGAAGUUCAACGCUUGUGAGGACAUGGGUCCCCCUCAUAAAAGCAAGGCCGAAUUUCCUGUGAGCAUUCCUGGCGAGAAGCGCAAUUAA